AUGCCCAUUAUCUAUCUAUCUAUCUAUCUAUCUAUCUAUCUAUCUAUCUAUCUAUCUAUCUGUCAGUCUCUUUUUCUCACUCACCACCUCUUUUCUCUCUCUCUCUCUCUCACUCUCACUCUCUCUAAUUCUAUCUUUCUUUCAAACACUUCUUUUCUCUAUCUGCCCCCUUCUCUUUCUCCCACUUCUUACAUCUUUCUCUCUCUUUUCUCUCUCUGUAUCUCAUUCUCUCUAUAUCUUUUAUCUCUUUCUAUCACUCUCUUAGGUUUAGCCUUUUCUCUCUCAACUCUUUCUCUCUCAGCCACUUUUUCUCUUGGCUUACCUACCUGUCUCUCUCCCCCUCUCUCUUUCUCUUCACUUCUUUCAACAUUCUCUCUCUCUCUCUCUCUCUCUCUCUCUCGACAUCUUGUUUUCCUCUUUUCUCACGUUUCCCUUUCUCGACCUCCUCUCUCUCACUUUCUCACUCUCCCUCUUUCUUUCUCUGAAUGUCUUCUUUUCUUUUCUCAUACUACCUCUUUCUAUCUAUCUACAUCUUCUAUCUCUCUAGUGCCUUCAUUCUCUACUAAUUUUCUCUCUACCCCACUCACUAACAUUUCUCCUGCCCCUCUCUCUCUCUCUCUCUCUCUCUCUCUCUGUCUGCUACUUUUCUUUCGUUCUAACUCUUCUUCUCUCUCAGCCUCUACUUUUCUCCCUCUACAACUCUCUACCCCUCUUAUUUUUCUCUCCCUACGUCUUAAUUACUUUUCUCUAUCCAAACCCAGUAAGACUUUGUCUGCCUCUUUCGUUAAGAUUUUAAAAUAA